AUGGCAGAAUUUAAUCAGUUUCCUCAUUUAGCAGAAUGAAAUGAGCAGCAAGCUUUUUGUUGGUUUCUGUGUUUAUUUUGUGAAUGCCAUUGAUGAAGGUGUAUUUCUGUUUUCCUUGUCUCUUCUGUGUGUAUUUGUAUAAUUGGUGCUUAACAAUAUAACCUCUUUAAUUCAUAGACAAAUGCCAUAUGUUGAUAAUAUAAGGGAAUGCAAACAGCAUCAGGAUAUGCUUCAAAAAUUCUCAUAGUGUAUUAAUAGUCUACAAUAUUACUGUGUGUUAUAGACUACAAUUGUAGAUUAGAAUGUGUUGGAGGACGAUACGCUGCACUUUAGGUUUUUACCUUGUAUUUAACACCUUAUACUUGCCUCUAAUUUCAACUGCCUGCAUUUCAUUGUUUCCUAAUUCUGCCACACUUGACUGUUCCCAUUCUAAAGCUGUUAAUGACUUCAGGAAGGUGUGGUGUGCUUAUCAGACUCCUAAAAGAAUGGGCGCACUGCAGUGGUGCUCGGGAUGCAGACCAGCUCUGUGUUUGUCUGCUACCCUGUCGCUCAUGUCCAAAGCAGCUCUGUGGGGGACGGGUUCCUUUGGCUGCACGGGUGUGGAGAGCCCAGCAGGACCACUGACCUGAUCAGCCCUGUGCAUCUCAGCUGUGUCCUCAGAUGCCCACCUCCCUGAGAUUUAUUUCCUCCUUUUCUCUUUAGCUCACACUCUCUUUGGCAUACUUGCUGUUUAAGUGCAUUCAGAAGACAUUGAGCUGUGAAUAAAUGAAAUAAAUGUCCUCCAUUUCCCCUUUUCUUUUUUUGGUCUAAAUGACACCUACAGAAAAUCAUGUUCCCCCAGUCAUCACUUGGCCUGAAGUGAAAGCUCAGUACUUGCAGCAGCAAAUUAAAGGUUGAGAGGCCAGAAACAGAAUCCUCCUGUUUCAGCAGAGGUACAGUGCUGCUGUUUAUUUCCAGCCGGAUCAGUGCUCAUUGAUCAGGGCCACAGCCUCCCUCUGUCGGCUGCUCUGCUCUGCUCUCCGCUGGGUUGGGCUGGGCCCCUCUCCCAUGGUGGCGGCAACUUGAGCUGCAUCGAUUGGGCCUAUCCAUCAUAGCGGUGGCAGGCUUUUAACGGGAGUGCCCUGUACAAAGCAGUCUCUCCCUCUCCCUCCCUCUCUGUGUUUCUCCCUCCCUCUCUCUCUCACCCCUCCUUCUGGUCCCUCCCUUCCGAGCUCGUUUCCCCCCCCCCGUCGGUGACUUUCCCAGGCACGAGGGAGCAGACAGGAGCGAUGGAGAGAAGCCUGCUGCACACUCGCCUCUGAGCAUCACCACCACCACCUCGUGCUGCUGGAUGAACAGGCGUGCUCCGCUGGUCCACCCUGCGAGAGUGUGUAUGUGUGUGUGUGCGCUUGUGUGAGAGAGUGUGCAUGUGUCUGGGAUGCUCCAUGCUGAGGAGGGAGGGAAGUGCCCGCUAAUUGCCCCUGGUCAUUCGAUCCCCAGCGCCCCGUGGUCUGCCGCCCGGCCCCAGCUAGAUGGUGUUCAGCCUGGCCAUGGAGUCCAACGAGGAUGGCGAGAGCUGGGUGGAGGAGCAGUGGGAGAAAUGGUUGACCCACGACAUAAGUCUGGAGGAGUACGAGGAUGACGACUUGUCCGAGGUCACAGAGAUUGGUGAUGAGCUUGCGCCCAGUCCUACCUACUGCACCGCGGAUGUGAACGGUCACAUGUCUGUGGCAGCCAAUGGAGCGGCCAGGCUGGUGGAGAGGAGGAGGGGGGCAGUGGAGCUGCAGUCGGAGAUGCUCCACUUGGACCUGAUCGAUGCAGAGGAGGGUGGGAUCCAGGAAGACGACGAGCGGCAGCAGCAGGAGGAAGAGGAGCCGAGGAGGAGGAGGAGGACAACGACGACGACAACGACGCCGAGGAGGAAGGAGCCCGUCCAUGCGGCCCGGCAGCCCACACGGCAACGGGAGGGGCCAGGGGGAGCCGCGCCGCCCGACCUCCGACAACCUCUGCUGAGGGAGCCAGCCCCCAUCGCCAUGGACACGUACCGGCCCAAAAGGCCCACCACCCUCAACCUCUUCCCCCAGGUGCCUCGCACUCAGGACACAAUAAACAACAACUCCUUUGGGGACAAGGACAGAAGGAAGGAGAAAGGCAAAGAGAAGGCAACAGGGGAACAGGGUAGCGAUGGAGGCAAAGUGCAGAGGGUUGACCGGACUUGCUCCAAGCGCACCAGUGGCCCCACCUCCACGUCCUCUCUCAAGGCUGCCGGGGAAUCCAAGCCUCAGAAGAAGCCCUCGACCACUCAGCACCAGAAACCCUCCACAGCCAAGUCCAACGCAGCAAAGUCCAGCACUGGGAAGUCCAGCACUGGGAAGUCCGGCACUGGGAAGUCCGGCGCAGGGAAGUCCGGUGCAGUGAAGUCCGGAGCAGGGAAGUCCAACACCACCACCACUACCACUGCCCAGCCAGCCAUGAGGGAGACGACCGGGGAGCCCAUCCAGGAGCAGGUGAACAGCUGUCGAGCCUCGGUGGCCAGUGCGGAGGGCAGCGUAGAGAAGGCCCACUACAACAAGGUCAACGGCAGCCGGGAGACGGUGCGCUACCCGACACAGAAUGGGGAACGCAUAUGCAGGGAGCAGGAGCGCUACCCACGCUACUUUGGCGGUGUGGAAAUGAACUUUGCUGAUGGAGAUGACCAGCCAGAGCAAGAGGAGGAGGAGGAAGAGGAGGUGAUCAGGCGGCAACGCAACGGCGAUAGCAGCAGCAGCGGGCGCCAGUCCCUAUCACAGAGCAGCGACAGCAGCAACCGCAUGUCCCUGAGCUCGGACAGUGAGGCCCCGCCACCGUGUCCACAGCACCACCACCCGCACCACCAAAACCACGUCCAGAAAAAGGCCUCCAUCAGCGAGGAGGACGAGGAUGAUGACGGGGUCUACCCCCCCACGCCGCCCCGCCGGACAGUCAGCCUCAGUGAGGCCGUGGGCAGGGAAACGGCCUGGAGAACGAUAGCGGAGGUGGACGAGGAGGAGGAGGACGACGUGGUAGUGGCUGCGGUGGCUGCUGGGGCCGGAGGGGCAUCAGUGACCGCAGUUGCAGGAGCAGGAGCAGCAGCAGCGACAGCAGCAGUGGAGGCGGAGGGGAAGCCUGCGGCCGCAGAGCCGGCGGUCAGCAGCUCGGACGCCAGCGGCCUGUCUUACGACUCCGUCAAGUACACGCUGGUGGUGGACGAGCAUGCGCAGCUGGAGCUGGUCAGCCUCAAGCAGUGCUACAAGGUCUACCAGGACAGCGACAGCGACGACAACACCGUCUACGAGUCGGCGCUGGAGGAGGAGGAGGAGGAGGAGGGGGGCAGGGAGAGGCCGCAGAGGCGCUUAAAGAGAGAGCAGUCCUCAGGCCUCUCCAUGGCCACCACCACCGACUCCAGCUCGGACGCUCCGCGCUCCCGCAAGUUCCGCAACGUGUUUGUCAACAGGCGUGGCUCUCGCUUGUCAGGUGCGGAGACGUUUGGUUUGUUCUCCUGUGUCAUUGCUGGGGAGGAGCGGGAGCAGAGCCACAGAGCAGUGUUCAGGUUUGUCCCGCGUCACGAGGACGAGCUGGAGCUGGAGGCCGAUGAUCCACUCCUGCUGGAGGCCGAGUCGGAGGACCUGUGGUGCGAGGCCUACAACAUGCGCACCGGCGCCCGCGGCAUAUUCCCCGCCUUCUAUGCGGUCAAGGUUGCUAAGGAAACCGUGCAAGCCAAAGAGGAGAAAAGUGACUGGGUGGAUACCUUCUGGGUGAAAUUCCUUGGCUCUGUUCAGGUGCCAUAUCAUAAAGGAAAUGAUGUUCUUUGUGCAGCUAUGCAUAAGAUUGCUACAAACAGAAGAUUGCAAAUGCAAUUCAGUCCUCCUUCAAUGUGCGUAGUGGAGAUCAACAUGAGGGGCGUGAAGAUCAUUGUUCAAGACGACUGCCGGACUGCUGACAGAGGCGAUAAGUGUUGUCAUUUCUUCCAGCUGAAGAACAUUUCAUUUUGUGGAUGCCAUCCAAAAAACAAAAAGUAUUUCGGGUUGAUUACCAAACACCCAGCCUAUCAGAGGUUUGCCUGUCAUGUCUUCUUCUCAGAGGAGUCUACCACAGCCCUAGCCACGUCUGUGGGGAAAGCAUUCCAGCAGUACUACAAAGAACACAUGGCGUACUCUUGUCCAACAGAAGAUAUCUUCCUUGAAUAACACUGCACCUACUUAAUGUUUUGCAUCACGAUAGAUCAUUUAUAAAGUGUUGCAUGAUGGAUAAUAGAAACCCAUUUAAUGGUUGUUUUUACUUUGGGGUCUGGUGUAGACAAACAUAUAGGUUCACAUCCAUCUUAAGUGUCAUGACAUCGGCUUCCGUACUACUGGAAUUGCCAUUUCUAACUGAGUCUACCUACCUACCAGCUUUAUGGAAAGACCCAUAUCUUUAUAUUGCUAUAUUCCAGGUCUGACGUUGAGAGAACUUGAGAGGCAAUGUUGUAUAAAACAUGAACAAGCAGGUUAUAAUGUGCAGUUCCUAUUUAUGGACUUAAAGCACAAGAUGACACGGACCUCUCUCAGAGCUAGACCAGACUUCCAGGAGCCACCUGCUCCAGCCACCCACACAUGUAAUUCAUUGUAUCUCACAGCAUAGAUGGUCUUGAGAUCAGUGCAAAACACAUCUCCACGUCUGUUUGUAAGGCUAAGUGUUUGUCGGCACAAGCAGUGUAACACAGCCAAAAGUAAACUGGGUCUCUCUCUCUCUCUCUCUCUCUCACUGAAUGUUGACGUCCCGUUGUGUUUUCUUCCUCGGCUCACGGCAGUUACCAUGGAGCUGCUGUUCAAAGAGAGUGCUAGUUUUGCCUCACUGUUAAGAGUGGGGCCUCAUCGGACUCCCUGACUGCUACUAUACUCCAAGCUCUUGUGUAGCCUAUUAAUACCAAAUAUAUUGAAUUUAUUCAACUGCUCAAAAACUAUUAUUAAAGAAAUGUUAAGUUGCUAAAAUUAAAUGGUGAGGAGUUGAAGGUUGAACAAACUGAACGAUGAUUAGGGUCAGAUAACUUCAAAUGAAUACAUGGAAGCUGAAUUGAACUGAUGUGUUUGGUGUCAUAUGCUCAUCAGCUACAUCUCUGGCAUUGUGUGUAUAUAAAUAUUUCAUCUGAAUCUUGACAAAACCAGUGGAUGUGAUUGGAGAGAGAUGUGUGAAUAAGCCUAAUGCUGAAUGUCCAGUUUUAAUGUGACUGUGUCUCUUUCAGUGAAGCAGAAUUCUGAACAAUUGCAGAUUAUAUUAAUUAUUUAAUACUACGUUCAAAAAGACCAAACAUUAUCAGCCUUGUGUCUGUGGGUGGUAGAAGUGAGGCCAUGCGUGUCUUCAUAUCAAUCAUGCAAAAUCACAGAUUGUGCCUAUUUUAUUUUAUUUUUGGUUGUGAUUAUACAUUGUAUAUUGUCUUUUUUAUUUUGAAUGAUUCUGUGAGCACUGUGGAACUCCUAUUAAAUGCUAUUUGUAAAAGAA